UAUGGCGUUCUCAAAACAAAAAAUAUUACCAUACGAAAAUGUUCCAGAGUUUUUAAAAAUAUUCGACCAAGAUGCGCAAACCAAGAUGAUAUUUCCAGUAAAUUUCCAAGACAACUUUAGAGACAAGAUUGAUCCAAUCUGCAACUUGCAAGACAAAACCGGAAGAACUUGGAAAAUGAAAGUCUCAACAACUUCAGAGGGAAGAAUAGCUUUAGAUGAUGGUUGUACUAUACCGCUUAGACGUCUAAAAGCCACAGUUGAAACAGACAUUGCUUCUUCUUCGCAAACAACAGUUGCAGCGUCUUUCAAGUCUCAGUUGACAAAGAGAAACAAAAGAUACUUCAACAUACCAACAAAAUUCUGGAGAAGCCACUUAAUGAACAAAGACAGGAUUCUAGCAAUUCUGGAAUAUGACGACAAAACAUGGAUUUCAUUCAUAAAGGAGACUACAGACCGAAUAAUACUUGAUGCUGGAUGGCCUGAAUUCUUCAAAGACAACCCUCUCUAUGUGGGAAUGAAAUUAAAGUUUAAAUUGAUGAACACAAAUGAUAUCAAGUUCAGAGUCAGCAUAACAAAGGAUAUGAAAUGAUUACUUGAUCAGAUCCAUGUGAACAACCAAAACCAAGUCAAUGGACGAUGAAUAUUUCAACGAUAUGCUAAGUUAUGCUAUUUUGUACAAUAAUCUUUUGUUGAAUUAAUUUCAUACUGCAAAAUUUUAAGACAAAUCUGUUACUCCGUAUUAGCUAGCUAAUACUUGAUGUAUUAUUAUAGUUAUCUUUUUACUACAUUAGAAUUCAAUUAA